UAAAUGGACAACUUUGCAAAAUUGCCAGAGGAUUGCAUCUCUGAAAUUCUUUCCUUAACUUCGCCGGUGGAUGUAUCGACUUGUUCUAUCAUCUCUAAGCGUUUCAAAUCAGCAUCCGACUCCGAUAUUGCUUGGAACAAAUUUGUGCCGUCGGAUAUUGACGACAUCAUUUCCAAAUCAUCCACUCCACUGCCUUUUGAGUUACCACCCACCAAGAAGCAUCAAUUCCUUAGCCUCUCCGGUUUUUGUUUCAUCCUUGAUGAAGGCAAAAAGAUCCUUCGUUUGGACAAGCAAACAGGCAAGAAAUGUGUAAUGGUUGCACCAUCCGAACUAAUGUUCAAUGGGACAAAUAUUUCACCGCACUUGAGAAGGAGACCUGAACCGACGGCCAGGUUUCUCACACAGUCACAUGCAUCUAUCAUCAAUUUGUUGGUCCCUUAGUCCCCUACCAAAAUAUAAUACGUAGUAUGACUACAUAUAGAUUUAGAUAUUAAAGUAUGGGGUGUUUGGAUCUGAUUCUUAAAACUGCUUUUUCUUUUUUGAAAGAGCAGAAGUUGUGAUUCUGGUGUUCUAAUUUAC